AUGUUUCAUUCUCUUUGAUCAGUGCAUUAGCACGUGGUCAUCUUUUGGUGUUUAUUUGAGUGCAAUGGGGCGUAAGAUACCAGGAGCAAAGCAUCGUGGAACUAAAGAUCCUUUUGCACAGAAUGCGAGACGAAAUGCAGCGCUGGCGAAGAAGGUCAACGCCCCGCCGGCCGACCCGGACCAACAGGACGUGCCCAGGAGCCUGGAGCGGCUCAUGCGGCUGAUGCAGGCGGUGAAGGACGGGGCGUUCGAGGGGAGGCGUCGCCGGAGGCGCGGGGCCGUCGCGCCCGCCCAGAGACCCCUGCUCCCGGGCAUGAUGCGGCCGGAGAAGCCCACGCCCGUGUUCCGGCGCCGGCCCGGCGAGUCCGAGGCCGGCUUCGUGCGCCGCAUGGAGGCGGAGUGCCAGGAGGUGGUCGCGGAGGCGAAGCUGGAGAAGGACUACGACGUGUCGGUGCAGCGGAGCGCGGCGACGGGGCAGGUGACAGGCGUCACCAGACGGCAGAGGAUCCAGCUGGACCGGAUGCUGGAGAGGUACGACGCCCCGGCCAGCGACAACAAGGACAAGAACAAGGAGGAGGGGCAGCCCGGCAGGAAGGAACGCUGGAAGCUGCGCAAGAAGGAGAAACUGUUCAAGAAGAAGCAGAGGCGGGAAGAAGGGGACGAGUUCGCCCGUUUCCGGGACCACGUGGGGUUCGGGGAGGUGGUCCACGCUCCCCCCGUCCUGAAGGCCCCAAGGAGGGCGGCCGUCGUCGGCCCCGGGGCGGAGACCGUGCCGCGGCCGGGCAAGAAGGCGCUGCUGCUGACGGCCGUGCUGGAGCCAGCGUCGGGCGUGGCCGGGAGCAGCAGCGCCAGAGCGCGGUCGACGCCUACCGCCUGCUGAAGGCGCGCGCGCGGCAGCGCUAGCCCGCGUCUAGUCCCUGCAUCCCGGCGCGCGGUGUCUCUCCAACUCUUCCAGCGUGCCCUGCUGCCAGAUUUACUCAGUGCGGACACAACUUCGCAGUGUAAUGAAACUUUUUUUUUCGUAUCUACUUAAAAAAAAUUAUAUCUGAACUAAAAAUUUGGAAUGUGAAUUUUGGAAGUACACAAUAUUGUUUUAAGUCAUGAACAGUAUAAUCAGAUUAUAUUAAAUUUAGACUUCUAAGGAAACGUAACUGAAAGAUGCCGUCUUGGCUUUAAUAAUUUUUUUCAUCAAAUUUUUUUGUAUCUUUUAAUAUAUUAAUUUUGUUUCUGUUUGACCACACGGUAGAACAAUUGGAGUGCCUUGUUAUAGACAGUCACUGAAUGCUACUGAUUUUUUUUUCUGCAUUUAGAAUUAAUAUUUUGUUUCUUUUGGAAUGUAAGUAUACAAUUUUAAUAGUAUACUGUGUUUACCUGAAUAUAAUGCUAUGAUUUUCAACAAAACUAGAAACUAAAAGUGGGGCUUGCAUUGUGUCCCGCUAUCGGGAGCAGCUUGGUUGUAAAACUACAUAACACGCUCUGGCUCUUUAAAUGUGUCACUUGUGUCACUUCAGUGAGGGCUUGCUAGACCUCUGCUCAGGCUGACAGAUGAGAGACGCAGUUUGUCUGUCGUUCCUCCUGCUUCUCUUCCCGGUGGUUGUCGGCGAAGGUACCUCCACUUUCCCCCUCCCAGAGACCACCAGGCAUCACCACAUUCUCUGCUUUCCGAACAGCCCUCUUUCAGAAACAUAGUCAUUAAACAGCAUUUCUUCCUUCUCACUGCGGCUUUCGUGUUUCAGAAGAGACCAUGUAACCACUCUACUGAUGAAAGUGGCACAAAGAAAGAGUAUAGUAACUAUAGAAUAAAUUUAAUAAUUUAAAUCAUUUUCAA